CAAGCAUCCAACCGACUACCCACGAAACAAAAUCGAUCGCCGAUUUCUCCAGCCCCCAGUCGUCACACCUCCUUGACGGAGACCUUGCCAGUGUGUGUGCCGGUGUGUGCGUGUGUUGGGGGAGUGGUGGAGUCGCUGUCGGUCUCCUUGUUGACGGGCACUGGCUGCUCCAGCUGCUCCCUGAGCUGGAAUAUCACCGACGGCCAGAUCGACAUGGCGAAGAAGUCGCCGAUGAGAUCGCCCUCGAUGCCGUAGAUACUGCGCACCUUGCACCGCAGCAACGCACCUGAGACAUGCACACACAUAAACAACCAACAAUAUGAACAUCUCUCGCCGUGUGUGUGUGUGUGUGUUCUGUUGGUCUGUCUCGCGUACCCAUGACGGCGAACACAGUGAGGCACGCCCAGGCCACACAGUGCAGAUUGUGCACUGGCGCAUCAACCGCCCUGGUGAUGGCCUGGAUGAUCAGCAGCGCCCAUGCGCCGUAGAAGAAGACUCCCAUCAUCAGGGCGGUUGUCCAGCCGCCCUUGCCCUUGCCGUGGGCCUUGCGUGCGACGGGGCCGAAGCCCAGCGACGGGCAGACGAGGUACAGCAGGUGUGCCGGGACGGCCGCAAAGUCGGGGCGGUGGAACAUCUGAUGGUGUCAGGUCAUGUGCAGACAGGGAGAGGGAGGGUGGGUGUUGGGGUGGGUUGGGGUGUGCGCUGUCCGAUGGAUUACCUACCUGGAUGAGGGGCAGCUUCCACUGCUCCCAUCCAUAGUGCUUGAGGACGCCCUUCUCCUUGGCCACAUACUUGUAGAGCGACAUCAUCAUGUAGCACAUGACCACCGUGUAUAUCAACCUGACAGACCGAUCUCAGCCACACACACACAUAAGCUUAGCGCGCCUCCCUCCCUCCCUCCCUCCCUCAUUGACCCACCCAGUAAUGAUCGAUGCUGUCUGCAGGGAUUUGAGAGCAUGGUCGCCGCCCGACAUGAGCAGCGCCGUGGCCGUGGCGCCCUCAGUGAAGGCCCAGAACACACGAGUGACGAUCGUCGGCUCCUGCGUCCCGUUGUCUGCCAGAGAAUCAACCACAAGCGACCCUGCAACACACACACGAAGGCCGCAUAUCGUCGAUGGAUGGUGUCUGUGUGUGAUUGUGAUUGUACAGUAUUGCGUACGUACCCGAGUCCGACGACGUGACAAAGUAGAGAGUGAUGCCGAUGAGCGAGAGGAAAGUGAGAAGCGGCCCGAUGCCCUCGUACUGGUCCAUCAGGUCAAACCACAUGUCAUUGGUCCCGCGGCACGACAACCGCAGCUUCUGACCUGGGUCCGGCACCUUCACACACACGACACAAACGCAGUAAGUGGCCUUUCACCCCAUCCAUCCGUCCGUCCAUCUGUUCGGCCGCGCACGCACACACGCACCUUGAGGUCUUUCAUGGAAUCGCACGUGAUGCCUUCUAGGGCCGCCUCGCGCUCGACCCGCAGCGCGCUGCCGCCGAAGAUGGUGAGCCAGAGGAAGGUGUAGACACAGGGGGCCGUCAUGACGCCCAUGAUGAACUGGCGGAUGGUGCGGCCGCGGGAGAUCUUGGCGAUGAAGAUGCCGCAGAAGGGCGCCCAGGAGAUCCACCAGCCCCAGUAGAAAAUCGUCCUGAUUGAUCGCACACACCGACACAGACAGGUCGAAACUGUGUGUUCACAUGUGGAUGAAUGAAUGUGUGUGUACCACUCGUCCAUCCAUCCCGCGGGAGCGCCUGUGGCGUCGGGCGAUCCACCGCCGUUGAGUUGCUCGAAGGCGUCCGUCCCUGCAAUGCAGUACAGUGGAUAGACACACGUAGACGAAGGAAUGGAUUGAUGGAUGGAUGGAUGUGUGUGUAUGUGCAGGUAGGUGGUAAGGCACAUGACGUACACGUCUGCAGUUUGAGGAUCCACUGGAAGUAAACACCGAGGUUUUGCGUGUAGAGGUUCAGCAGAUACCUGACAAGAGGACACACACAGACAGUGCAGCACAGACCCCGCCACACUGAGACGUCCCCAUCAGUGGCUGCUCGCCUUUGAUUGACUCACCAUGUGUCGUCAGCGAAGAUGGUCAGCAGCAUCAGGACGUUGCCCACCAUGAAGCAGAUCUCACUCAGUAUCUUCACCCCGACCUUCAGCCCUGAACAACACAUGAACGACGGGCAGCCAGCCAUACACAAACACAUAUCCAUGCGCUCAGCCGCUCGGUGACUGACACGUUCCCUCCAAUGCUCACCGCUGACGACCGACAGUGUGGCGAUGGCGGUGAUGACCCAGAUGAGCAGCACCUGAGAGUUCUCGCUCACCUCAAAACCCGGGAAAUACCUUCACAAACAGCCAGAACCACAUCACAUACCACGUGACAAUUACACGUCCAAGCCCAUCGUCCUCCCACACACUCACCUGUUUAGGCCUGCGUUGAGUUGCAUCGCCCCAAGGCCCAAAGACGUGCACACGCCGGCCACCGUGGCGACGAUCGAGAUGACAUCGAUGACGUCGCCCAGUGGCCCGAACACACGGUCGCCGAGCAGUGGGUAGAAUGUGCUCUUCAUGUUCAUAGGAAGGUUGGAUCGGUAACACAAAAGGCCCAGCAGCAUGCCAAGAAUCGCAUACACCACCCAGGCGUGGAAGCCCCAGUGGAAAUACGUUAUCAGCAUGCUCCUGCCAGACGGGAAACCAGGCCAGGACGUCAGGAGGAGGAAGGAUUGUGCCCCCAUAUCUCUGUCUGUCUGCCUGAUCCGCUCCCGCACGUACGUACCACUGUGCGCGUUCGUUGUCUUCCAUCUCGGACCACCGCGCCCCGUGGCACUCGCCCGUGCCAGGGACCGGGCUCCCGUCCUCGUUAAACCGGCGAGCACCGGCGAAGGGACUGCCAUAGCACGGCUCAUAGUGCCAUAUUGGCUGAACCGAUCGACACCAACAAACACGUGUGAGAAUGAACAUAUGAGCACCGUGCGCCAGCGUGGCCGUCAUGUAUCCCCGAUCCUCCCCACUAACUUACCUCAGCCACACCGAAGUAGAACAAACCGAUACCAACGCCGCACGCAAACAGCAUGGCAAACCAGGAGCCUGAUGAUGUCCAUGCAUGUCUCUCAACUCAAUGCCCUGGUCCACCCACCCUUCCACCCACCGAGUGAGAAUUCGGGAUCUUCGUCAUCCUUGCCCAUCUUAAUGUCGCCAUACUUGGACAAAUACAGCCACAGCAGAAACACCGUCCACCUGGUUGGUUGAUGCAGACAGACAGACAGACGACCUCAAGGAAUCACAGCCGACGAAGAGGCUAUUCCCUUGCCUUCCCUCCCGUGUCCACUUCGCUCACACUGCCUGGGUGCCCAUAUACAGCCACGUCCAGGUGCUGGUGAUCCACAGCUUGGCCGACUCGAGGUGGAUACGUGCGCAGGUCUCCGAGUCAGGGUCCUGGCAGGUGAUCAUGGCCCACGCGACGAACCCCCAGAGGAGGAUGCACGCGGCUAUCGUGAUGACGGGAUUGCAGCGGAUCUUCAAGAAGCCGAUACCAAACGGGGUCACCUCGAACGAAAACAUCUUCGACGACCAGUCCACCUCACCAUUCUCGGACGCCUGGCACCAGAAAGACACAGUCACACUCGAUGACGCAUGCGAGAUGUCUCUCGUGUCGCUCGGCGUUCCUCGUCUGUCGUCACGACGCUCACCUCGGACGGGAGGAUGUCGACCUCGUGGUUGCCCGGGGAAAAGCCCAGCAUCCCCUGGCUGCUCUUCUCGGAUUGAUGAUGCGCCAUGGCGCAGAUCUUGACCACCGGGCAGCACUCGAGUCACUCUCUCACACUCACAGCGCCGCGGACGCGAGAAAAACCUGAUGUUGAGAUCCUC